CCCUAAAAUUUCAUUUCUUGUAAGUUCUAACUCCACAACCUCGGCCCAGACGAGUUGCCUUGCCUCCACUUCUCUUCCAACUUCAGCGCCCGCCACCUUUUGGUUAGUCUAAAAAAUUGUUCGAUUGAGCAUCAAUGGAUCCGCAGCCUGAACCUGUUACCUAUAUCUGUGGAGAUUGUGGGCAGGAGAACACAUUGAAGCAUGGAGAUGUGAUACAAUGCCGGGAGUGUGGUUACCGCAUUCUUUACAAGAAACGAACCCGAAGAAUUGUUCAGUAUGAAGCUCGCUAAGGAUGGAAUUCAGAGAAGGAGAGGGCAUAAGCACACAUGCCAAGGAUAAACAAUCUCAUAUUAAGUGUUUCUGCCUUGUACAUGGUUGAUUGUAUCGAGUGUGGUUUACGAGGAUUUGGACAUCAUUUUCAAUCCAUGGUUGCCUAGGACAUGAGUGAUGUCUAUUGAUUUAGAACAUCAAGCAAUCAUACUUCUAAGGUCUGUCUAUGUUCUGUUUCUUGGUGUGACUGUCAAAAGUGGUUUCAUUUGGUUAUAGCGGACAUAAAAUCUUUGUUAAUAUGUUAGUUUCAUGUUUUGGACUUGGAAAAUCAUGGAUCAUUGUUUGAUGGUUGAUGUUUCAUCAUCUGUAGUUAAAGUUAUUCUCACAGCAGCUUGGUUUCGUUUCCCUGGACUGCCUAUAGAUUUCUUUCUUCUUUGACCACACUGCAUAAGAGGGUGAGGGAAGUUGGCUAGGAUUUGUGAUAUUUGUCUCCAGAUUCCAGUGGUUAAUAUUGAGUAUACUGUAUCUUGAGCCAACUAUAAAAGCUGGUCCAAGUGACAGAUUUUAGCCUUGUUUCUUUCUUUCCA